GAAUCUUUGACAAAUUCUUGGUCAGUUGUUCGUGAUUAUUCCCAUUUGAAUGAUGAGAAUCAAUUGAAUGGACAAACACUACUAGUCAAUAAUUUAUCUCAAACAAUUAUUCACAGUGGUGAUUCCAAUGAAAGACAUAAUACAGAAUUAAUAAUUCUGAACAAUAUCUUAAAGAAAAUAGAUUGUUUAGAAAAUAAUCUUAAAUUAUCCUGUUGUAAUAUAAUGAAUGAUGAUCUGGUAAGGAAUAGAGUGAAUCAAGUGAGCGAAUUACGGUCUGAUAUAACUGAAAAAAUUAAUCAAACAAUUAAGGAAAUUGAACUAGUGCGAAUGAGCAGUCAACAAAUAGAAUAUGCUCAAGCGAAGUUGAAUGCUAUAAAAUCUACAUUUAAACAAUCAAGCGAUUUAUUUCAACUAAGCGUAUUCUCUCAAAACGAGGCUGAAUUGGUAACUAAUAUAUUUGAAACAUGUGGUCAUUUAAUUAAAAAACAAUUAUCUGAAACAAAUCAAGUAAUUGACAAGCUUCAAGAAUUAACUGAUGAAACAAAUUCUACUAAUCCAGGUCGUUAUUUACUACAGAAUUUUAACUUUGAUGAUGAAAAUGACACAUUUCCAUCUGAAAUUGCGCAUAUUGAAAAUAACCAAUUGGUAGAUUCAAUAAAUUCUGAACAAAAUAACAUAUCUCUAACAUAUUUUAAUAUUCCUUUAUGGUAUGAACAAACUAAGGUAAAUGAUGAAGUGAUCAAUUUUCUGGAACAUAUAAAAAAUCAACGUGAACAACUAUUAUUUAGUUAUGAAUUAUCACAACGUCUUGCUAUAUGGUUAUCAGUAAUACAUCCUAGAAUGACCAAAUUGAAAGUGAAAUUUCAACACUUAAGUGUUAAGUCAGCUAAUUUAAGUGGCAAUAAUGAUCUGUGCUCACAUUUACAUGAUGUAACCCUGUAUCGACUUGAACUUUUCUCUCAGCUACCAAUGUUUCAGUGUAUCCUCAAUGACGUCAAUGAAUUCAAAGAUGUAAUAUUCCAUUUAAGUGAAGAUUAUACAUCAGACAAUAAAAUCGAUCGUAUUGAACAAACAUUUCUGGCCUGUUUCAAUAAAUGUGAACAUGAAACUUCAUUACAUAGAUCAAUUAUUCAUUACACUGAACAGAAAAUAAUGACAAUUAUAAAUGAUUUUAAUAACAUUCUUACAGAAUCAUCUGUUUAUCUAUCAGCUAUAAGAAAUCGACUCAUUGAAACAAAUCAGAUUUCAACAGUUCUAAAUGAAUUGUCAAAUUUGCUAGAUGAAUUCAGUUGUUUAGAUGAGAGAUUUGUAAAAGAUUGUAUGAUAGACGAAGAAGAAUUGCCUGUUCAUUGUACAGAAAACAAUUUAUCCCCUGUAAAAAACGUAUAUUUAAAUAACUGGACGAAAGUAAAAAUUCUAGAGGUAUGA